AUGACUGCAUCUUCCGAGCCGCUCGCCGAGCUGUCCCCCUUGCCAAAGGCAGACGGCUCUGCUUCCUUUUCGCACGCCGGCUACGUCGUCACCGCCGCCGUCAACGGUCCGAUCGAGGCGCCGCGUCGCGAUGAGAAUCCCUUCGAGGCGUUGGUGGACGUGGUGGUCAGGCCAUCGGCAGGAGUCGGAGGUCCUCCCGAGAGACAACUCGAAUCCAUUGUGCAGUCCGCUCUCCGACAGCUCAUCCCCGUACGAGACUUCCCCCGGUGCAUGAUCCAGGUCACCCUCCAGGUGAUGCAGACGCCGGGAAACGCCUACCAAAACACCAAGCUGGUCCAUGCUCAACUGAACCUGACCAUUAUACCGGCCUUGCUGCAUGCUGCCAUUCUGGGCGUUUUGACAGCUGCGAUCCCGCUCAAGACAGUGGCGGCAGCCGCAGCGGUCGCCGUCUCGGCCCGCUCCAAGGACUUGAUUGUCGAUCCAAGCCCCGACGAGGCAGACAAGGCCGGCUCCGUCCACGUAAUGGCUUUUACAAGCAACCAAGAGCUCUUGCUGGCCGAGAGUUCGGGUUCAUUCUCCGUCCAGGAUUGGGACAAGGUUCUCGAGACGGGAAGACAGAUAUGCUGUCAAGCCCAAACAUCAGGACCUGACACGGCUAUGACGGGCGCAGAGCUCGCGUCUCCCAGCAUCAAAGCGUUCAUCCGAUCAGUCAUGGGAAAGAGCUCUGCUGCAGAUUUUCAACGGAAGUGA